AUGAAUACUUCAGAAUUGUCAAUAGCUGAGGAAAUCGACUACGAAGCUCUUCCAUCACAUGCGCCGCUGCAUUCCCAGUUACUGGCAGGAGCGUUUGCAGGUAUAAUGGAGCAUUCUUUGAUGUUCCCAAUAGAUGCUCUGAAAACUCGAGUGCAAGCUGCAGGAUUGAACAAGGCUGCCUCUUCAGGGAUGAUAUCUCAAAUAUCCAAAAUAUCUACCAUGGAAGGUUCGAUGGCCCUAUGGAGAGGUGUCCAAUCUGUGAUACUGGGGGCAGGGCCUGCGCAUGCAGUAUAUUUUGGUACAUACGAGUUUUGCAAAGCUCGCCUGAUAAGCCCUGAAGAUAUGCAGACUCAUCAGCCAAUGAAAACUGCUCUGAGCGGCACCAUUGCUACCAUUGCUGCCGAUGCGUUGAUGAACCCUUUUGACACUGUCAAACAAAGAUUACAAUUGGAUACUAAUCUAAGAGUUUGGAACGUUACUAAGCAAAUAUAUCAAAAUGAAGGCUUUGCAGCAUUUUACUAUUCCUAUCCCACAACAUUAGCCAUGAAUAUUCCAUUUGCAGCGUUCAAUUUUAUGAUAUAUGAAUCUGCCAGUAAAUUUUUCAAUCCGCAAAAUUCCUACAAUCCAUUAAUUCAUUGUCUCUGCGGUGGGAUAAGUGGUGCAACAUGUGCUGCGUUAACUACACCCUUGGAUUGCAUAAAGACUGUAUUGCAGGUCAGAGGUAGCGAAACUGUCUCCAUCGAAAUAAUGAAAGAUGCGAACACAUUUGGUAGGGCCUCGAGGGCCAUACUGGAGGUUCAUGGCUGGAAGGGGUUUUGGCGGGGUUUGAAACCAAGAAUAGUAGCGAAUAUUCCAGCUACUGCCAUUUCUUGGACUGCAUAUGAAUGUGCUAAGCAUUUUUUAAUGAAUAAUUAA